AUGCAUCAACCAAAGACGGAUCGAGGGGGCUUGAAGCGAAAUCCUCAUCUCAUUGCUCCAUCGGACACUGCGUCUGGAGUCCUCACUGAGGACUCCUCGGCCAGCGAGGUGGGACAGAAGAUCUCGGUGGCGGUCUUGGAGCCAAUGGACCGGGCACAGUGCCCCAUCGGGUCGCCCCGAGAGGAUCACACUGUCACAAUGUACUGGGCAGCCACCAUGGAUCAAUUCCCUAUCACGCGAACAGAAGAUGCUGCAGCUAGUCCGCUGAGCAGCAGAUCGUCUCAAUACUCAAUCACGUUUGGGGUCUCAAUGAGCAGCACCAUUAGUUCCUUUGUAACACAGUCUGGACGCCCAGCAGCCACCGGCAAUUCUCCUCCCCAGAUGGCCCAUGCGGUCCCUCUCCUCUGGACAGUCUCCCCUCCCCCGGGCGCUGCUCUCCGUCUUUAA